GUGACUGGGGUAUUACCAGGUUUGCCUACACUAACAGUUUAAUCAAAUAAAGUAUAUUUUCCGAUACGUUGGUCAAUUAUUUCUGUAUCUUACAUCUACAUUCGUGUUACUCGGCAGUUUUGCAACUUCAAAAGUACGAUUGAAAUUAUACAAAAGGAAUGCAUAAAACUAACCGGUGUAUUGAUUGUUGCAUACGAGGCGAUACAAAUAGGUUAUUUGAUACUAAAACUGUUUACGUUUACCUAAUCUCACAGUUUGAUCAGGUAUAUAGCAUAUUUUCCGACUGGUUUGCUAAUUUAUUCUACAUCCGGUUUACUCGACAGUGGUGAAAGUUUAGAAGUAAACCUGAAUAUGGAGAUUCUGUUGCUACUUGCUUUUGUUCUGGCGCUUGCCUUUUUCUUUGAAUGGGUUUUGAGGCAAUUGAAAAUUGACGACUAUGAAUCACGAUAUGUACUUAUUACUGGAUGUGAUUCGGGUUUCGGACAUGAAUUAGCAAGGAAGCUGGAUAAAUUAAACUUUAAUGUUUUUGCUUGUUGUCUGACCCAUACUGCUGUUGAGAAAUUCAAUGAAACGAGUUCGCCGAAAUUGAAAGCAAUAGAAAUGGACGUCUCAAAGGAUGUUAGUAUUGAAAAGGCAAUGGAAAUAGUAAAUCGGACAUUACCAAGUGGAAAAGGACUGUGGGCAGUUGUGAACAAUGCUGGCAUUUUGGGUGGUAUUGGGUCCAUUAAACUUCACACAAGACAGGACUACGAAAACACACUUGCUGUAAAUCUAUACGGAGUUAUUAUGGUAACCAAAGCAUGCAUGCCUUUAGUUCUGAAGGAAAAAGGGCGUGUCGUUAAUAUAUCAAGUGUCUCGGGAAGAAUCGCAUUCUUAAAUUCGUCAUACGCCAUUUCCAAGUAUGGCGUAGAGGCAUUUUCUGAUGCACUUAGACGAGAGCUUUAUAGAACAGGUGUAAAGGUACAGAUAAUCGAGCCUGGUGCUUUCACAACGUCAAUUUUUUUGGAAACUCCGUGGCGGUUGGCCGAACAAAAGGCAGCCGGCUUGAAUUUAGAAGCCGAAGUCCUGUCGCAACUUCCUGAUGAUGCCUUAGCCCAACUCACAAGACCAUUUGAAAUGAUAAAGCAAACAGGAUCAUCAAAACUUCAUCAAGUUGUAGAUGCCUAUUGCCAUGCCAUCACAGCAAAAUUCCCGAAGAAAAGAUACCAGGUCGGAAACGAUGCAAAGUACGUUUAUCGGUUGUUGUGGAAUCUUCCGGAAUGUAUAAGCGAUUUCUAUAUAGACUGGCUGGGAGCUAACUCGAUUUAGAAUCACAUUACAUCUCAAGAUAUAUAGAUGGACAUCAUAUGAUUUUGAUUAUGGACUUCUUCUGUUAUUUUGUUUAAUUUAAUCAGUAUAUUUAUUCAUUUACUCUAUAAAUGUAUCAAGUAUACAUGAUAACUUUUGAUCAAGCUCGAAUGUACGAAAAGUUUACACCGUAAAUAGCGACGGGUUGCUCGAAAGAUAGAGGCGGCUAUUAGAUAUAGAUAUUACAGGCCUUAAUAAUAUCAAGUCACAGUGACUUAAGAAUUUGUCGAUAUGUUGCAUUAAAAAUAUAUCUGUGUAUUAAGCUUCAGGGGCCGUAUUCAUAAAGCAUCUUAAGUAUAAGUAUAAGAAAUUGAUCAUUUACUUAAGUAUUACUUAGGUAAGAAAUUUAUUUUACUUAGGUAUAUUUGUUAUUCAUAAAACAACUUAAUAAGUAAUUCUUGGCUUUUAUUGUGGACGAAAACAUUAAAAAGACAACAUUAAUUUUAGACAGAUACAACAUGUACAAUUAUGUUUAAAGUGCUUUUAUCUGAAAAACAACACUUUAAUCGUACUCACGACGCCAUUUUGUUUUCUGGCUUAAGUCAUUUCUUACGUAUCUUAAGUUUAAGCUGUUUUAUGAAUAGGACUUAAGUUUUUUACUUAGACUUAAGCUGAAAUCACCACAAACUUAAGUAAAAUCUUCAACUUAAGUCAAAACUUAUACUUAAGAUGCUUUAUGAAUACGGCCCCUGAUCUAAAAUCAGAGCUCCUCGCCGCCGAAGCGGUUCAGUACUUAGUAAAGGAUGACGGUUUCAACGUUCGAAUAAAAUUGAGUCUUUACACCGGACAAAGUAAGAACUGUGCAUGAUAUUACAAGCCUGAGUAACAUCAGGUCACUGUAACUAUAGUGUUUGUUGCUCUGUUACAAUAAAAAUAUAUCUAUAUUAAACUUAUAAACUACAUUUAGAUGUGCUUUGCUGCCGAAUCGGAUCAAUGGUAAGUGCAGGAUGACGGUCUCAAUUUUGCAAAAAAAAAAAAAGAAAUUUUACGCUGAGAACGUAAUUGGUAUAAGCCUUAUACAGAGCCACUGUGACGUACAUGUUUGAUGCUCUGUCGCAGUGACUGUGGACAAAUCGGACAAAGUGAGAACCGCACUCGACACUACAAGUCUUAGUUAUAUCAGGCCAUUGUGACAAAAGUGUUUGUCGCUCUUUUGUAUUGCAAAUUUAUUUGUGUACUACAAUUUGAGGAGCUUUUAUGCUGAAAUCAUUUCAGUGUUUAGGGCAUAAACAUGGUCUCUAUUUUACACAUAAAUUUAAUUCAACACUGGUAGAAAUGAAAACCAUGCAAGAUUUUACAGGCCUUUGUGACUAAAAUGAUUGUAAAUAUAUUGCUAAUGAAAAUAUAUCUGUGUAUUAAG